UAUUAGUGUGCUGCACAUAGCGAGAACACCAUGUGGAAAGAACGUAGUCCACUUUAAAGCUUAUUAUUUCAACUUUAGUGGUUCGAAACAUUUAGCUGAUCCAGUUUAUGUAAUCAGUAUGGUUAGCUUAUAUAUACUUUAGCAACAUUUUUCGAGUUUUUGUGGUGAAACUAUUCAGUCGGCUUCAAGUUAAAUCAUGGGGAAAUCAAAGACUAAAAACCAAAAGAAAUCCCGAGGACAAGCCAUCCACGUGGCUGAGGAUGCCUACAGGUCUGUGCCCCACUCCUUCGUGUUUCAUCGGGGUCAGGUUGGAAAAAACGUGGGUCAGCUCGUCCAGGACAUGAGGAAAGUCAUGCAGCCUUACACCGCAGAGUCUCUGAAGGUACGGAAAAAAAAUCUCCUUAAGGAUUUUGUGUCUGUAGCAGGACCCCUGGGGGUGACCCACUUCAUUAUCUUUGGCAAAACUCCCGACAGCAUCAACAUGAGACUCGCUCGACUUCCCAAAGGCCCCAUGCUUUAUUUUAAGGUCCUGAAGUAUUCCCUUAUCAAAGACGUGGUUUCAUCGUUGAAGAAGCACAGGAUGCAUGAGCAGCAGUUCACCCACCAUCCACUUCUCAUCCUCAGCAACUUUGGAGUGGAUGGCAUGCACGUGAAACUCAUGGCCACCAUGUUCCAGAACAUGUUUCCCUCCAUAAAUGUCCAAAAGGUAAACCUCAACAGCAUCAAGAGGUGUGUACUGUUCAGUUUUGACCCAGCGUCCCAGGAAAUUCAGUUUCGGCACUAUAGCCUGAAGGUCGUCCCUGUGGGGAUGAGCCGAGGAAUAAAGAAGCUAAUGCAAGAAAAGUUCCCCAAUAUGAGCAAGUUUGAGGAUAUCACUGAACUGCUGGUGAAGGGAGCGAACUUGUCUGAAAGUGAAGCCGAGCAGGACGGCGAGCACAACAUAACGGAGCUGCCGCAGAUGUAUUCCGGAAGAGGCAACAUGCCGUCCCAGCAGAGCGCUGUCCGUUUGACCGAAAUCGGUCCUCGAAUGACGCUGCAGCUGGUGAAGAUCCAGGAAGGGAUGGGAGACGGGAACAUUCUUUACCACUCCAUGAUUUCCAAGACAGAGGAAGAAAUACAGGAGAUCCUGAGGAGGAAGGAGGCGAAGAUGAAGGAAAAGGAGGAACGCAGGAAAACACAGGAGCAAAAUGUGGCGACGAAGAAAGAGAAACGAGAAGAGAACAAGAAAAAGAGUCUGGAAGGCAUAAAAAAGAAACGAGCUGAAGCCGAGGAGGACAGUGAGGUGGAAGAUCCAGGGAUGCAGGACGAUAGGCCAGCUGCUGUUGAAUCUGAUGAUGAUGUGGAGUACUAUAGACAGGCUGUGGGGCAAGAACCAGAUGAAGAUAUGUUUCCGGGGGCCAAGAAGAGGCGGCGUCCAGAGAAAUCUCACGACCGAGCCAAGAAGAGAAAGCUGUCCCCUGGUAAAUCAAAACAACCAGAUUCUAAAUCACCAAAAAGAAAAGGUGCAGUUGGGCAGCACAGAGACAAAACGGGAAAAGCUCCUCAUGGAAAAGGAUGGAAGAAAUCUAAAGAUGAGGAGAAAGCAUUUGGGAAGAAAAAGUGGCCUCCAGGAAAAGCAUUUGGCUCUAAGAAAUCUGGAGAGAGGGAAAAUAAAUUUUCACGCAAAAACUUUGAUGGAAAGAGAAACAAGGACAAAACGUUUCAGACAAAAGGUCACAAAGGCAAGUCUGGCCUCAAGAGGAAAGGUGCAGGUGGAAAGCAAAGCUUCACACGGACAAAAGGAAAAGAAAACAGGAUGGCAGUCAACUUCUCUGAAUGUGAGAAGUUUCAGAUUGGCCUGCUCCCUACCAUGUAUGGGGUUGAGUUUGUGGUGGCCUUGGCAGGAAACACGUUUGCCCUGUGGCUGCUGCUCAUCAAAGAAAAACGCAACUGGCACUCCGGUGUUGUCCUCUCCUGUAACCUGGCCAUCAGUGACCUGCUGUAUAUCCUCACCCUGCCUCUGCUGAUUGUCUACUACGCACUGGGGAAAGACUGGCUGUUCAGCGAGGCUGUGUGUAAAAUCGAGAGGUUCCUUUUCACCUGCAACUUGUAUGUGAGCAUUUUCUUCAUCAUGACAAUAAGCUUGAACCGCUGCAUAGGCAUCGUGUGCCCGUUCUUCACUCGCUCGUAUGUGGAACCUUUUCAUGUCAAAGUCAUCAGUGCCAUCUUAUGGAUUAUUGUUGGAGUCAUCUCGAGCCCUAUGCUGAAGUUUGCUUCUCUUUGUCAACACGAUUACAAUAACAACACGUUAUGUGUGGCUUUCUGUCACCAAACGUCUGACGACACGUCUGACUUUAUCUACAGAGUGUUCCUUGCUGUUUUUGGCUGUCUUGUUCCUUUCAUAGUAACUUUUACUUCUUACUGUCUGUUGUUUCGGGUUGUGUGGAAAAAUGUCAACAUAACGACACUUGAAAAGCAUAAAGUUGCCUUGUUAGUCUCAUCAGUGAUUGUCCUCUAUGCUGUUUCCUUUGUGCCCUAUCAUGUCUACCAAGUCUAUCAUCUGUAUUUGAGGAAAAGUGACCCCAAGAGCAUAAACUGUUGGGUCUACAAAAUGUACCAAGUGUCCAAGGGACUGGCAACGCUGAACAUGUGUAUCCAUCCCAUACUCUACAUGGCUGUGUUUGACAGUAUUAGAGUAGCAUGCUGUGGAAAGAGCUCAGAAGACAACCCAGAAGGAUGAGGAAGUAGAGCCUGGUUUCAGACUAAACAUAACUUUGCUGCAUGUAUCUUUGUAAGAUGCCUAAAUGUCACAGCUCUGUGCUGAAUACAUUUAAUCACAUCUGUUUGUAAUAAAAAUUUUCAUUUUUUUCAAA